AUGGGUAACGACUAUGAUGCAGACAUAAGGAACUUUCUACGUGCAUGGCAGUAUUAUCUACAGAGAAGGGGUAUAAACGACGGAAAAGGAUAUUUGAAACAAUUAAUGCGCGAGGUUAACAUUAUCUUCAAGGACGUAACACGGACGAUCACCCAAGGUAGCGGCGCGAACGCCGGUAUUUGUGGAAGUAUAUAUACCGGAGCGCAGCCAAAUAUGUCCACAUGCAAACGCAGGUGCCAUGAAAUUGCAAGCCUUAUGCUAUACAUAAAGGGAUAUACUUAUAACAUCAAGCACAAGACGUGUCAGAACAGGACGGUGCACGCCGGUACCGCAGACCAGUUUACGGAAUAUUUACGGUGUACACUGGCCACUGAGGUGUUACUCCAGGUGUAUGGGAAUAAUGAAGACCAAAGGGAAGUAAUACAGAAGGUUGCGGAAGCACUGAGGCAAGCGGAUAAACCAGGACAACAGCAAUAUGAGCCAGGCGCGUGUGAGGACCAGGAUUAUGGGCCGGUUAUAUUCGGAUUACGUGGUAUUGCACCAAGCAUACAGACUAAGCUGCACGAAUGGAAGAAAGGUUUGGCAGGAGGCCAGGUAGGAAGUGCACGCGUCACAGGGCAGAAGUGUGCGCGGCCAGAGCAGGACAGAGACCAGAACAGUGCAGAAGACUGUAAUGAAAACGAAGGUGUGAUAACACCGGACUCUGAGUUCAUGCGCAAAAUAAAACACUGGGCGGAUACUUUUAUCUUUGGGCGCGUGAAGCAGGUGUUAGAGGACAUGCAGAAGGAAGAAGCGUCCAAGGAGACAUGUGAAAUACAGAAGAAGGUAAAGGAGAAGGUCCAGAACGUGAAGAAAAAAGUCAUUAAAAAGACUGCCGCCAAACCAGCACCUGCCAAGUCGGUCAAGCCAGCACCAGCAGCGGUGAAACCGGUGGGAACGACGGAACAAGAAAUUGAUGUUGUUACUGCGGUUUUUAGGUGUACGCACACAGAGACAACGUCUGAAGGCGUUUAG